AUGUUCGAGAAAUCCCUCUACGACCUCAUCCGGGGCCUGCGCAACCACAAGGGCUCGGAGAGGGAGUACAUCGCCGACAGCAUCAAGGAAUGUCGGCAGGAAAUCCGCUCCAACGACAUGGACCUCAAGUCGACCGCCCUGAUGAAGCUCACCUACCUUGAGAUGUUCGGCCACGACAUGUCCUGGGCAAGCUUCAACGUGCUCGAGGUCAUGUCGAGCCCCAAGUUCCGCCACAAGCGCACCGGCUACCUGGCCGCCGUGCAGAGCUUCCGCCGCGACACCGAGGUCCUGGUGCUCGCCGAGAACCAGCUGAAGAAGGACAUCAUGCUGCCCACGCCGCCCUUCAUCUCGCUGCCCCUGGCCGCCAUACCGCACGUCAUCAACCCAAGCAUGGCCAACUCGGUCCUCUCCGACCUCAUCCCGCGAUUGACGCACUCUCACCCCCAGAUUCGCAAGAAGACCGUCGUCACGCUGUACCGACUGGCCCUGGUCUAUCCCGAGACCCUGCGACCUGCAUGGCCGAAGAUUAAAGACCGCCUCCUCGACGAGAAUGAGGAUCCCAGCGUGACGGCUGCGAUUGUAAACGUCGUCUGCGAAUUGGGCUGGAGGCGACCACAGGACUUCCUGCCGCUUGCCCCGCGCUUGUUCGACCUUCUGGUCGAGGGAGGAAACAACUGGAUGGCUAUCAAGCUCAUCAAGCUCUUUGCGACAUUGACCCCCCUCGAGCCUCGACUGAUCAAGAAACUGCUGCCUCCGCUGACCAAGAUCAUCCGGGAGACAUCCGCCAUGUCUCUGCUGUAUGAAUGCAUCAGCGGCAUAAUACAGGGGGGCAUCUUGGAAGCCGUCGAAGGCACCUCGGAAGGCGAAGAAGUAGCCAAGUUAUGCGUCGGCAAGCUGCGAGGCAUGAUGGUCAUAGAGGGCGACUCCAACUUAAAAUACGUGGCGCUACUCGCUUUCGACAAGAUUGUUGGCUCGCACCCGUACCUCGUUGGCCAACAACAGGAUGUCAUACUGGAAUGCAUCGACGACCCUGACAUCUCGAUACGAAUGCGUGCUCUUGAUCUUGUCGUUGGCAUGGUCAAUCCUGACAACCUCACCGCGAUUGUAGGACGCCUCAUGCGCCAGCUGCGGAACGCACCCAUAGCCACCGCAGCAGACGAGCCAGGGAACGACCGGUUUAGGAAUACCGGUGUUGUGCCAUACGCCGACUCUGAUGAUGAGGAUGCCGAGAACGCACUUCCUUCGCACGAGCAGAGAUCUGACCAGCCACCGCCUUUGCCUGAUGACUACAGAGCCAAUGUCAUUCGAAGGAUCUUAGAGAUGUGUUCGCGCGACACGUACAGCAACGUCACCGACUUUGAAUGGUAUAUCGAUGUGCUUACGCAGCUUGUUCGCGUCUCGCCCGCUACCAAGCUUGCAGCAAUGACAGAAGAGGAGGAGGAUCCAGAGCACUCUGACGAUGUCGGCGCUGGCAUUGGACACGAGCUACAGAACGUUGCUGUUCGAGUCCGCAGCGUACGCCACGAAGCUGUAGAUGCAGCACAGUCCCUGGUGCUCGUGGACCGCAGAGAUCGAAUGUUCCCAGCGUCAGGUAAUGGUGGACAAGGCGUGCUCGAAUAUGCUGGCUGGCUCGUCGGUGAAUACGCUUCGUACCUCUCACAACCGGAGCCCGUCAUGACUUCGCUGCUCCAUCCUGCAUCUCUCCAGCUCUCUUCAAAGACGCUCGCGGUGUAUCUCCAAGCAAUACCCAAGGUCUUCUCGAGCAUGGCUGGUAACGAGCGGAUAUCCUGGACGCCAGAACGCAAGACACUAAUGUCUCUCCUGAUGGCACGCAUCAUCCACUUCCUCGAGCCGCUCUCCACACACCCCAGCCUUGAGGUUCAGGAACGCGCAGUCGAAUAUCUCGAGUUGAUGCGAUUAGCGGCCGAGGCUGCAUCUGGAGCACCAACAGAUACAGAGGGAGACUUCACUGAACCACCACUCCUGCUGACCCAAGCCAUACCUGCGCUGUUCUCCGGCGCCGAACUCAACCCUGUUGCACCGGGCGCCCAGCGCAAAGUCCCCAUACCAGACGAUCUCGAUCUCGACACCCCAAUCAACCCGAACUUGCACAGUCUUCUUUCUCAAGCCGAGCAAGACGGUUUCGAAGCAGACGAAGACGAGGUGUACGCUGCUUACAGUGAACCCGUCGCCUCCUACACUAGUUCAGAACCCACCUCUGCUCCAGCAGCCGACCGUCUUGACGCUCCCCAUAAAGAGCCCGCGUCUUACCAAAAUGCCGUGGAGGAAGAAUACCUGGACGCCGACAUCAUUGCGCGCCGCAAAGCAGAACGCAAAGAACGCUACAAAGACGACCCCUUCUACAUCGACCCCGAAGGCGGCAGCGGCGCCGUCACCCCGCUCAGCAGAAUCGUCCGCGACGGGAAUAGAGACGGCAACGAUCUGGAUAUCGACUCGAUACCCAUUAUGGAUCUCGAUCUUUCUACAAACAGCAGACACGCAUCUUCGGACAACAUCCCACGCGCACGUAGCCCACGCAAACCCGUCCGACGGGUUGAAAUCAUGGGCGACGAGACGCUCGGCCCGGCGUCCCAAGAUCCCGAGCGCGAGGACAUUGUCACGCCUAAACCCGCAUCGACGCGCAAUAAGAAAUCCCUACUGCAAGUCGACAGUUCAGGCCUCGGCUCGCUGUCUCUCGACGACGACAGCACGAGCAGCAACCGCCGCCUCACCGCGCUAGAAAUCGAGCGCAAAGAGCAAGAAGAAGCAGAAAUGGCACGCGCGCUACAGGCCGUCGAGCGUUCGCGUUUGGAAAUGCAACGCGCGACCGAACGCGUCGACGUCAGGGAGGAGGGCGUAGUCAAGAAAAAGAAGAAGAAGGUGCGAAAGGUUGCCGUCGAGGGCGACGACGCACAGACUCCUCAGGCGGAAGCGCAGGCCGCGCAGGCCGCGCAGGACGACGGCGGUGGCGCGGCGCCGCUCAAGAAGAAGAAAAAGAAGAAGACCAAGCCCGAGGGCGAGCGUGGUGGUGGCGUCGAGGCAGAGAUAGAGGGUGAGGGCGAGGCGCCCGACGCGGAGCAAGUCAAGAAGAAGAAAAAGAAGAAGAGAGUCGUCAUCAUGGAUGAGGGUAUGUAG